AUGGGUGCUGGAUUCAUAGGUGUUGCUGUCACUGCUUGGGCCAAGGGACUUGGAGAACUGUGCACAGCCCCCACUGUUGGUGGAGCUGAUUUGGCAGUGAAUCUUGCCGCUAUUGCCCUCUUAAAUCCAUUUUGCUUAUUGCCAUCCCCUGAGCAAUCACUGUCCCCUGGGAAGUCUGUCCCCCCAAACCACAGUAAUGGGGACUGCAAGCAACUCAGCUCAGAUUCUUUUUGUCUUUUCUCCUCAGCAACUGGACCUAAAUCUGUGAUUUCCCUCCAUCCUCCAUGGACCGUUGCCUCCCAAGGAGAGAAGGUGAAACUGAUUUGCAAUGGACCUCACUUCAGCCAACCAGGGAAAGCAACAUGGUACCGUUGGUACCAUAAGGGAAAAAUAUCAAGUGAAACCCUAACUAACACCCAUGAGGUUCAUGAUUCUGGGGAGUACAGUUGCCAGACCUCAGGCUCACUCCUAAGUAACCCUGUGAGCUUGCUCUUUUCUGCAGCUACCCUCAUCCUGCAGGCUCCACUUUAUGUGUUUGAAGGAGACUCCGUGGUUCUGAGAUGCCGAGCAAAGGCAGGAGUAGCACUGACUAAUGUGACCCUAUACAAGAAUGAUAGAUUGCUGGCAUUCCUUAGUAACACCUCCGACUUUCAGAUUCAUCAAGCAGAUCUGAAGGACAAUGGAGCAUAUCACUGUACUGGAUUUAAGAAAGGUUGUUGCUCUAUUAUUUCAAACAGAGUCAAUAUCCAAGUCCAAGGUAAAGACUUCAUUACUUGUGAAAUGGUGCAGUGUAAAUUGGAAAAUAUACUGGUGUCAAUUACCUCAUUUUUGCUCUCAGUUCCAGUGUCUCGCCCCGUCCUCACCCUCAGGGCUCCCGGGGCCCAGACUGUGGUGGGCGACGUGGUGGAGCUUCACUGUGAGGCCCAGAGAGGCUCUCCCCCGAUCCUGUACCAGUUUUAUCGCAAUGAUGUCACUUUGGAGAGCAACUCAAGCCUCUCUGGAGGAGGAUCUUUCUUCAAACUCUCUCUGACUGAAGAACAUUCUGGGAACUACUCCUGUGAGGCCAACAAUGGUCUGGGUGUCCGGCGCAGUGACGCAGUGUCACUCAGAGUCACAGUUCCAGUGUCUCGCCCUGUCCUCACCCUCAGGGCUCCCAGGGCCCAGACUGUGGUGGGGGACAUGAUGGAGCUUCACUGUGAGGCCCAUAGAGGCUCUCCUCCGAUCCUGUACCAGUUUUAUCAUGAGGAUGUCACCCUGGGGAGCAGCUUGGCCCCCUCUGGAGGAGGAGCAUUCUUCAACCUCUCUCUGACUGCAGAACAUUCUGGAAACUACUCCUGUGAGGCCAACAAUGACCUGGGGCCCCAGCGCAGUGAGAUGCUGAUGCUCAAUGUCUUAGUUCCAGUGUCUCGCCCUGUCCUCACCCUCAGGGCUCCCGGGGCCCAGGCUGUGUUGGGGGACGUGGUGGAGCUUCACUGUGAGGCCCAGAGAGGCUCUCCCCCGAUCCUGUACCAGUUUUAUCGCAAUGAUGUCACCUUGGAGAGCAACUCAAGCCUCUCUGGAGGAGGAUCUUCCUUCAACCUCUCUCUGACUGAAGAACAUUCUGGGAACUACUCCUGUGAGGCCAACAAUGGCCUGGGUGUCCAGCGCAGCGACACAGUGACACUUGCUAUCACCAGGAGCAGAAGUGGCCCUGUCGCCACAGGUGUCACCGGCGGACUGCUCAGCGUGUUGGGCCUUGCUGCUGCGGGACUGCUGUUUUUUUACUGGCUCCCAAGAAAAGCAGGAAGAAGGCCUACCUCUGACCUCUCCAGGAGCCCUUCAAACUCAGACCCCCAAGAGCCCACCUACCACAGUGUACCAGCCUGGGUAGAACUGCAACCAGUGUACAGCAAUGUAAAUCCUGAAGGAGAAGACGUGAUAUACACGGAAGUCCGGAGCAUUCAGAAGGGAAACAAAAAUGCAGCAGCCUCUGCACCAAGGUUUUUCAAGAACUCGGAUUCCUCUGUCAUCUACUCCCAGGUGAGGGUGGCUUCAACUCCAGCCUCUCGGCCUCAGUUCUUGGCUUCCUCGGCUCCUCUCCGAUGAGUCCACACAGCUCCCUGACUGCUGUUUCAGCCUCUGCCCCCGAAAGCCAUCCUUGGGGAAGAGGGAAUCAUCGAAGUAGGAAGACUUAAACUGCCCCAGGCCACAUCCAGUGGCCUCUGUGUCAAGUGCCUGCACCCUCAGUCUGACUAGAACACAAGGCUCUGCAGGACUCCUGCCUAUUUCCCAAGUUACAGCCCUGCCCUCGUGGUCUUUGUGUCUAACGACAUGUUGGUCCCAACCUGGGGCCCAUCACAUCCCCUGGCUUCCUUCGUGGGCUUCAGCUUAGGUCACUAUUUUGAGUCCUACUUGCACACACACCCCCACCAUUCCUCAAUGAGGACUGCUCCUGUACUCCGUCAUGGACAUCUCAGUGGGUCCAUUUCUCAACAGCCAGCAGCCUGGUGGGCUACUGUGGUGCUCUGCCAGAAGGGACAGCACACACCCCUGGAGACACGUACACUGGGCUUGUUAUGGACCUCCCCAUAAUGGGAAUGCAUUUCCCACUCCCCUGGCUGUGUGAAACUUUGAGGUCAGUACCUCAUACCAGGAUAAAUUCUCUCCUGCCCAUGUGCCAACAUCUAUCUGCCCAGCUAAGUGGAUUUCACACCCCAGGUUCCAGACUCUUCCCAUUCUGCCAGAUGUAACCCAGCACAUUCGUGGCCAGGAGGACCAGGAAUGCAGAGAGAAGGCAUAUUGGGAUAUAGGCCGUGAUCUAUUAUUAUUUAAUUGAAUGAGUGAAUGAAUGAGGAAGAUACUCGGGAUAAUUAUGAAGCAUUCCUACCCUCUGACUGGCAUUUGGCUCAUGUGCUCCCUAGGAAUUCCAGGGGUACUCUUCUGUCUUCCCUGAAUACGAAAUAAACUAGGAGAAAGAGUUUGA